AGGUGAUAUUCCAACCUGGGACGCCGUCGAAACACUUGUCAAUUUGAGAAUCGGACGACUAGAUUUUGAUAAAAUAUGCAGAACAGCAAUGCAAUUCCUGCUAGAACCUAAUUUAACAGAGAACCCCUGUACCAGAGCCGUAGUGGUUAUGUCACAGUGUAUACAUCGAAUGCAUUCUGAUGAAUUGAAAUCUUUAUUUGAAAAAACAAGACAUGUGAAACGAUUAAUUCAGCUGAUCAAAUGGAGUGCGCCGCGGAAAAAUGAAUUAAUGGUUUCAGCUUCCAUAGAAAUAAUUAUUAAGGUUAUUGAGAAAAGUUCAAAGGCUUGUACUAGCAUGAUAGACGCUGGAAUAAUAAUUUUUAUAUCAAGUUGCGUUGAAAAUUUUGCUUCGAAUGAAAUUAAUGAUAAGUGCUUGGAAUUGUUAACAAAUCUGUCAUCCAUGCUGGAUUGUAACUCAUUGCAAGAAGUCUACACUUCAUCGAAUGUCGAAAAUAUUCGGCUCUUGACCGCUCGAUUGAAUGGUGGCAAAGCGGACCACGAGAGUAUUUCUCCAAGUAGUUCGCCAAGUGAAUAGACCUGCCAAAAUGUGAUAAUUCACCGAACUUCUGUCCUUCAAUGGUCGUUUCACUCUAAUUCCAGUAGUUUUGCAUCCAUGUUAUUGUAUUUUUUUGUUCUUUAUCUUCAAAUGAUUGACCAAAAUGUAUUAAUUCGUGAAAUCUUAUUCUACAAGAAAAUGAAAGAAAAGAAAAAUAAAAUUA